UCUUAUUUAAAUAGUUUAAGAAAUUCAGUUGUCAUUUUUUCCAAAACUGGAUGUACUGAAAAACUUGUGAAAAUUUUACAUAUUAUCCGAUACCUUUCCCAUUAAUGAACAAUAACUGGCCAUAUAAAAAGGACAUUGAAUAUAAAAAUUAUUAAUAAUUAUGAACGUCGAAAAGGUGAGCUCUUUUAAUAGUGGACACCCCAGGGAAGCGGAUAUGCAAAAGGUGAAUGUAGAUGCUAGAAGUUUUAAUGCGAUUGAGUUUUUGGCCAAUUCUAAUGUGGAAGUCCGAAAUCCAAAGCAUUCUCCUCCAAAAACUCCGAUUGAAACUGGCCAGAGUUCUUCCUUUACACCUAUAACACCAGUUUCGUCACGUUUCAAUGCAAAUGACCUGUUUUUCGUUGCGUUUUCACAAGAAGGAGUUGUUCCGACUACACCUAAGCCGAUAGCAUCGCCAACUCUCUAUGAAAUUAGGCUUCCAAGACAACUAUCAAUACCGGUACAUUAUCAAACUCCAGCUUCAUCCAUUGACGAGCACAGAAGCAAUACUUAUCGCAUGCCUUUUAGUGUCCCAUCACCCCAAAUUUCACAACAUUUCCCAAAACCCAUACCUCCACCGACAUUUGUUUUGCAGCGCUUGAAUAAAAAUCAUUAUGAUAUCGCCUAUGAAAGUCCUACAUUACCGGCGCUAUGUCAUGGUCUGGGCCCAGUAGCUAUGCUGAACGGAACAAUACAAGUACGUCUACGUUGUGCAGUGCGCAUUGACAUGACAUUGGAUAGGGCGGUUCGCGUUUACAAUCAUCGCACCAUGGUAGCCAUAGCUUUGUCCAAUAAUUGCAAUAGAUCCGCUGUAAUUCAACCCAAUGGACGCGUAUUGCAAAUGGGCAACAAGGUGGAGAUAGUGACGUACGACGCAAUGCAAUCUAACAAUUAUGUACGAUAUGCUAAAAUGUGGCAUAAAGGCAUCAGUUUCACCAGUGAAUCAUGUGCUUUGACAUAUUUAGUUGAUACGUUGGGAACUCGUACCAUCACCGAUUCAUUCACUAAAUCCUUUAUAGAGCACACAAAGGAUUACACCUUGGUUGUAUUUUAUGAGAAUUCACGUCACGGCCCUUCUUACUUUGGAGCUGCUAAAAACAUUGUGGCUAAUUGUGUGUACUCCUGCACUGACGAGGGUACCGAAAUGUACGACAUUAACGGAUUUCAUAUUGUGCAGACAGCCGAUGGUCUUGUCAAAAUUACGCGCAACAAUAAAAAAUGCUUCAUACGCACUAGUCCUGCAAAUGGAUCGUCUACUUUAACCACAGCUUCUGUACAUUGUACUGGGUCAUUGGGUCAGACAUCCCAUUUGUUUGUAAGACGCAAUGAAAAAAGAAUGCAUUUUGAUGGUUUAAAUUUUGUUGUUCGAAAUUGCGGCCACUCUGCGGGUUUUAACGAGGAGAAUUUGCUGAUUGUGUACUAACAAAUUUGUUGGAUGCUGAAUCGGAGAUAGAGAAAUUGUGGAGAAACCGAAAAUAUUUUAUCUUCCUACUUCAAUACUGAAUGCAUGGUAAUAAUUUUAUAGAAUUCAAUGGUACUGGCAAGAAACAUUUAAAAGGUGCAGGAAAGUCCCCACCUUUAGUGCGCAUUAAAAGGUUUUUUUUCUAAAGGUUUACUCACUGUAUGCGUAUGUGUAAAAAAUUCAAAUUGUAUCAAGAAAACCCUUUUCGAUUGAGACAAAGUAGGAGUGACUCUAAUCGGAAUAAAAGCCUAUUAUUCAUUUAUUAUCCUA